AUGGAUAACUCCGCAACAUACGAGGUCAGCCUGCUCAGUGCUAUACACGUGUUAGGGCGAGCAUGGGAUCGUGUGAAGCAAGAAACAAUCGCAAACUGCUUCAGGGCUUGCGGUUUUGUGGAAGCUUCUUCAGAGGAUGCCUCUGCAAUUUCAUCGGAAGAAGCAUCAACAAGCGAGCUUGACGGCACUGAUUUUGGUGAUGUUCUCGGGGACAUCAAUUUUGAAGAUUACGUCGCCGUAGACAAGGUAGUCGAAACGAGCGGUGCGCUGACGGAUAACAAAAUUGUGGAGAUUAUUCGGCCCCAGGAAGCGACCCGGGAAAACGACGAUGACGUUGAAGACGAUCCGCAACCUAAGGCUGCUGAUGUAGCUGCGGGCCGUGCUCUCGCGGAGCACUUCUUUGCUGCUGAAGGUAAUGCGGAACAAGCCUUCCGCCACAUCUACAGCCUGCAGAACUUGCUUUCAGCAACGCGAUCCGGCAAGAAGAAGCAGAGCAAGAUGAACGACUAUUUUUCUUAG